AUGGCAGCUAUGGCUGCUGUGUGCAGUGCUGUUGAAGAAGAGCUUGACAACCGUGGCUGUCUGCCUCACAGAGCUCACGCGGUUACAGUGCUGUGGAGAAGACGUUGCUCACAGUAUAAACAGGUAGCCAGCAAUAAGGACCUGACAAUUCUAUAUCCUUAUAGGGAAAACCCCUACAAGGAGCCUCUUAAGAAGUGUGUCUUGUUCGAGGAACAUGUAGAUUAUAAGAAUAUACAGAUCUUUGUGGAAAGAAACAGACAGAAAUUUCAAAGGCCAUUAAGAGAACUCAGAAAAUGA